UUCCUGCUCUUUCCCUUCUUCUUGCGGGCGAGGAAGGUGGCGCCGUAAAUAACCGAAUAACUGCGCGCUCCCCGCCUACCCCGCCAAGAGAAGUGGCGGGAAAGGAGGUCCUGCAAUGGCGGCGCUCGUGGUUGAGGACGUGUUGGCUGAGCUUAGGCUCUUCGGGCUGGACUUGAAGGAGGGUGAAGACGGGGCUGCCCUUACCGACAAAUUGGUAGAACUUUGCACGUUGUACAGGUUGAAAGAAAACGAGAUUGCAAAUGAAAUAAUUGCUUUUGCUGUAACGAAGCAAUUCAUUAAGCUUACGGCAGAGUCCCUGCACAUCUUUGAACAUGAAGUGCUGCACAAGCGAUCUACAAAACCUCAGAAGAGGAAGGAGAGCCAUUACCCUAGAAUCAGAGAUGUCAACACCAUUCAAGAACUUCUCGAUGUAGAGGAGGAGGAAGAAAACCUUCUAGAUACCUACACAUCGCCAUCAAAACAGGGAUCUCAGAAGCGGGUGAUAACCACACCGGAAAACCCGCGUUCCAAGCGGACUCUCUCCAACUGCAGUCCCCGCCUGGCCUUCUCCCCCAGCAGCUUCUCUCCCAGUGCUACCCCUUCACAGAAGUAUGGUUCUCGAAGCAACCGCGGAGAGAUUGUCACCUCCUUUGCCUCUGUGCAGGGAACCUCCUGGAGGGGAAAUGGCGGCUUGGCCACCUCUGUAAACCUCUUCCAUUCCCCCCAAGAUUCCCUCACCAAGCCCUACAAAUUCAUGUUCCAGGAACUUGUGGAUAACCGUGAAGUGCUUUCCUGCAAGAUGGAAGACCUUGGUGCGGCACUAAAGGAGCACUACAAAAUAGAAGAAUUUUCUUCUUUGACCAUCCCUGUGCAGGAGCCAAUCACUGUCCUGGGACAAAUCGGCUGCGAUUCCAACGGGAAGUUGAAUGCCAAGUCCGUCAUCUUGGAAGGGGAUCAGGAGCACUCCUCGGGAGGCCUGGUACCUGUGGAUGUAUCGGAACUCCAGGAGUACUCGCUCUUCCCAGGACAGGUUGUGGUUAUGGAAGGCAUGAACAGUACUGGGGAGAGGCUGGUUGCGUCCAAGCUGUAUGAGGGCGUACCGCUUCCUUUUUAUCAGCCUGUGGAUCAAGCAGAAGGUCCAGAGCUGCAGAUGGUCCUCGUUGCCUGUGGUCCUUAUACCACCUCGGACAGCAUCACCUACGACCCCAUGUUGGACCUGAUCGACGUUAUUAAUAGAGACAAGCCAGAUGUUUGCAUUCUGCUUGGGCCUUUCCUUGAUGCAAAACACAAGCAAGUUGAGGACUCUCAGCUCACUGCCUCGUUUGAAGACAUCUUCAAGAGGUGCAUGAAGAUGAUAGUCGAAGGGACAAGGAGUGCUGGAUCACACCUUGUCAUCGUUCCUUCGCUGAGAGAUGUCCACCAUCACUGCAUCUAUCCCCAGCCGCCUUUGACUUGCGAGCUCUCGAAAGAAGACAAACAGAGGGUUCUCUUCGUUUCUGAUCCCUGCACCUUGGAGAUCAAUGGUGUGGUUUUUGGCUUGACGUCUGUGGACCUGGUCUUUCACAUGGGCUCAGAAGAAAUUAGCAGUUCUUCCAGUGUCUUGGACCGGUUUUCCAGAACUCUGAAGCACAUCCUGACUCAGAGGAGUUACUAUCCACUCUACCCUCCCGCGGAAGAGAUGAACAUUGAUUACGAACGUUUCCACCAAUACGCAGCCCUGCCUGUCACGCCGGACGUGCUGAUCACUCCGUCGGAACUGAGAUACUUUAUCAAGGACGUCCUUGGGUGUGUCUGUGUGAACCCAGGCCGGCUAACAAAAGGCCAGGUAGGGGGCACCUACGGGCGUUUGUGCAUCCAGCAGAAGGUCUCCAAGGACCAAGAGGAGCGGAAGAGCCCUUGCAUCGCUGCUCAGGUCGUGAGAAUCUAACUUGCACCCGUGUACUCAACCCACUAGCAGAGAGGACUGCAGAGGUUUUGCUGGAGUGGGACCAAAACACAGUUUAGCGACGAGACUGAAGAGACGGAGCGGGUUUCUCCUCCAAUGUCUAGGGGUCUCUCUGGGCUGCAGCUGUUUGGGAAUCUGCCUUUUACCUUCGCUGCCAACACAGCUGGAGAGAAUCUCUUCUGUUGCAAUUUUCCCAAGUUUGGGCGGGGAAGAAUGGAUUUGCCUACGCUAAUGUCCUUUUGACAAAACACUUUCUACUUUGAGAAGACAGAUAAAAAGUUAGCUAUAUUCACUGGUGUGUAGCAUUUUUUUUGGGUGGUGGGGGAGCAACAUGUCUCCCUCUGUGCUUCAAAGUUGAUAUCCUUUUAGGUGCCUUCACGCCCUCCCCCAACCCGCGCAAACGCUCCUCUCCUGCAAAGUUGGUGGGGAAACUGACCUCUAGUUUGGAAAAUGGAAAGUUCAGGUCUUGCGUGCGGCCAGGGUGCAGACAUUUAAAACAAAAAAAACCACAACUCUCCUGCAGUUUGUCUUAUUAUCUAGCCUUAUCUAUAUUCAGUGGUUGCUGUUUACCGUUGGGACCAGUGAGGUGGAAAGUAGGGAGGCCAGGGACAGGUUGAACCAUCUAGGCCUGGUUUUGUCCCCAUUCUUCUUUGCUGAGUUGUACAAAGUGCACCAGCCUGAGAGGUGGGGCAAAGAGACUGAGUUAUGACACUCUUUAAGUCCCUGGUUCCUCUCAGGUUGCCUUAGGCUUAGCUUUGGCCCUCCCUGCAAUGUGUGAGGGAUCAUAAGUGAUCUACUUCAGAGGUUUAUUUUGAAAGGGUUCCCGAGUGCGGGUGCCCUCUCUUAUAACACAAGGACCCAGCUGAAUGUUAGAAGAUUUUGGACAGACAAGAAAAUGCAUCUUCACACUGUGUUGAGUUGGAUUGUGGAAGUUGCUCCUUCUCGAUGAAGUGAUGGCCAUCAGCUUGUGAUAGCUUUGAAAGGAGUUCUGGAGGAUAAGCGUAUGAAGUGGCUACUAGCCACUAUUUUGGAGGCAGUAUACCUCUGGAUACCAACAGGGGUCUUCUUACAUUUCCAUGACAAUAUUUUUAAUAAUGUAGCUCCAUUUUUCAUCAAACAGUAUUUAUAAAUGGAUGGUUUGGUGUUCCUGACCCAGGUGGGCCCUGAUUGACGGGUGGCUGUGGCACCUAGGAGAUAGCUCAGUCGGUAGAGCAUGAGAUUCUGAAUCUCAGGGUUUUGGGUUCAAGUCCCACAUCGGGCAAAAGAUUCCUACAUUGCAGGGGAUUGGACUAGAUGACCCUGGUGGUCCCGUCCAACUCUAUAAUUCUGUGCUUCUGUGUCCAUUAAGGAGAUCAAAGAAUCAAAGGAUUGCAGUGUUGGAAGGGACCCUGAGAAUCAUCUAGUCUAACCCCCAGCAAUGCAGGAAUAUGCAGCUGUCCUAUAAGGGGAUCGAAGCUGCGACCUUGGUGUUCUCACCACUACCCUCUAACCCAGGCUUCCUCAACCUCGGCCCUCCGGAUGUUUUUGGCUUACAACUCCCAUGAUCCCUAGCUAGCAGGACCAGUGGUCAGGGAUGCUGGGAAUUGUAGCCUCCAAACAUCUGGAGGGCCGAGGUUGAGGAAGCCUGCUCUAACCAACUGAACUAUGGUGUUUUCGUUUUUUUCAAUAAGGCAGUCCAACAAAGAGCUUAAGAAAGAUAAAAGCUAAGUAUUCCUCCUGCUUUGCACUGAACCUGUGAUGUGUUUUGUUAAACCUAUUAACACACACAUUCUUGGUAAAGGGGGGUGGGAGGAACACUGCCUUCCAUGCUAAUGACCCAGUACCACCCGCCUAUAAAACCACACUGCUCCAUAAAAGCAAAGUGCAGAGCAGCUAAUAAAAGAAAUGUGAUAAUACUUAGGUCUAGAGCUUAGAGCACUCGGUGUUGGCAACCCAACCUCCUCCCCCCGCCCCCAGCCAUAGAUCAGUGCUUCUUCUGGAAGUAAACUUUGCCUUUUGGCUCUUGCUAUGUGUGUUGGUUGGUUCUAUGUAGUGCACUAAUAAUAAUAAUAAUAAUAAUAAUAAUAAUAAUAAUAAUAAUAAUAAUAAUAAUAUAUUAUUUAUACCCCGCCCAUCUGGCCGGGUCUCCCCAGCCACUCUGGGCGGCUUCCAACAGAAAGAUAAAACACAAUAAUCUAUUAAACAUUAAAAGCCUCCCUGAACAGGGCUGCCUUCAGAUGUCUUCUAAAAGUCUGGUAGUUGUUUUCCUUUUUGACAUCUGUUGGGAGGGCGUUCCACAGCGCAGGCGCCACCACCGAGAAGGCCCUAUGCCUAGUUCCCUGCAACUUGGCUUCUCACAACGAGGGAACUGCCAGAAGGCCCUCGGUGCUGGACCUCAGUGUCCGGGCAGAAUGAUGGAGGUGGAGACGCUCCUUCAGGUAUACUGGACCGGGGCCAUUUAGGGCUUUAAAGGUCAGCACCAACACUUUGAAUUGUGCUUGGAAAUGUACAGGGAGCCAAUGUAGAUCUUUCAAGACCGGUGUUAUGUGGUCUCGGCGGCCGCUCCCAGUCACCAGUCUAGCUGCUGCAUUCUGGAUUAGUUGCAUUAUUGGGCAGCGAGUGGGUUGUGGGGGGUGGAGGGACCUUUCCCCAUGCCACAGCCCCCUUGGUGAACCUGCUUUAUACCCUCCUGGCUGAAAUAUGCCCUUAACCUUUGAGGCUGCCUCUUUGCUUGCCUGGAUGCAGGAUAGAUAGGGGGAAUGUACAGAAUCUAGCUCACUAUACAAAGAUGAAAUUUACAUUAUUUGCCUCUGGCCCACCCACCCCUGGCAUGUGGCACCCGGAAGGUUGCCUAGUUGGGUGUGCAGCCCUCAGGCUGAAAAGGGUUCCCCACCCCAGUUCUGGAGGGUCGCAGGUCGCCCAUUCCUGGUCUUGACGGUAUUUUAAGGGCUUCUCGUCGAGACAACCCUAUAAUUAUUCUCCUCCUCUUGCCCAUCCUAUGUCUUUGUGUGAGCGACUGAACCUGCCGAAGGGCGUGGAGUGUGUUUGUAGUUGAAUGUCUCUUCUAAUUCACUUGCUAGGUUAGCUGGUUAGGCCACUGCAGCAACUAGAAAUAGCACCCACAACAACUUUCAUGAAGGCUGUAAAGUUGGUUUUGUUUCAUUUUCGGGGAAAGGGUCAAGCCAGUACUUCCUGGGGUAAGGAGGGAAAUGAGUCUGAGAAGGCCUUUGAAGGAAGAGAUCGGAAGGCGAUAAUUCAAGGUGUUUCUUUCUUUCUUUUUUUAAUAAAUUUUUAUUGUUUUAAAAGAUACAAGAUAGCAAUACACAGAUACAAUCAUACAGAAGACACACACAAAAAACAUACAAUUACGGAAAGAAAAAGAAAGAAAAAUCCCCUUACAGUAUAUUAUCUAUCUCUUACUAACUUAUGAUCUAAAUUCUAACUUACAGAUGACUUCCAAUUAGACUUGCUGUAAUUUAUCUUUACAUUGUUUCUUUAUGCACAGUUUGUUAUAUACACAUCAUUUUCUUUUCCCUUUUUUCCUCUACAGUUAAUCUUUAUGGUGUAGAUUUCUUACAUAUUGGGUUCAGUCUAAUUCUGCCAGUGGAGUUUCUUUUACUUUAUUCUUUCUUAUAUACUCUUUAAACACUUCCCAUUCCUUAUUGACUUCUUGUUUCAUUUGGCCUCGUAUUCUACCUGUCAUUUUCGCUAAUUGCAUGUAUUCCACCAUUAGGAUCUGCCAUUCUGCUAUAUUGGGUGCUAUUUUGUUUUUCCAAUUUCUUGCUAUUAUUAUUCUUCCUGCCACUAAACCGUACAUGAGCAAUACUCUUUGGGGUUUUCUUAUUUCGUUUGGCAAUAGACUCAAUAGAAAUACCUCUGGCUUUUUUUUAAAGUUGCACUUUAGUAGUUUUUUCAACUCUUCGUAUACAUCAUUCCAAAAAAACGCUAACCUCUUUACACGACCACCACAUGUGCAAAUAUGAACCGUUUUCUUUCUCGCACCUCCAGCAUGUAGGUGAUCUAUUUUUAUACAUUUUGGCCAUUUUCUCAGGUGUUACAUGCCACCUGUACAUCAUUUUGAAUAUAUUCUCUUUCAAGUUGUAACAGGCCGUAAAUUUUAUAUCAGUUUGCCAGAGUCUUUCCCAUUGUUCCAUUAAGAUAUUGUGUUCAAGGUGUUUCUAUAUGGAUAUGUUGCAUGUUGCACUCCCCAUUUGAAUCCUCCAAACACCCCUGUGCUGACCCGGCACAGCCAU